AUGUGCAGCCGCGAGAAGGACGUACCUGCGCUUGCUAGCGACGCGAAGGGGGUGGCAGAUCGCCGUCCGGCCGCGCUUGCGCCGUCGGCGGCCCCAUCUGGCCCCCCACUUAUGACGACCAGUGCUAUGGUUAUGGAUUUGAUGGACACAGCUCCGAAAACUUUGAAGACAGCGCUGUCUGUUCCGCAACCCGAUUCUGAAGAUGAGAGCUCCACCGUCCCUCAGCCACGCGGACGAUGUGGGAAACAGAAGAGGAGGGCAACAGCCGCGACGUCCGCUGUUCGCAGCUCGCCGAUCGAGAAGAGGGCCAAGCAAGAUUUCGCCCCUGACGCUGAUGGUUUUGUCCCGGCCCGGCGCACUGCAAGACGCAUGCAAUCAUCGAUGACGCUUCCAACUGCCGUCACCUACUCAUUCGACGCGCUCGCUGACGCGCCGGACCAGCUGCCGCGCGAUCCUGCGCCGAAGAAAGACUCCCAUCUUCCGCCGGUGGUCCUCCAGUUUCGGCCGCCCUAUGGGGAACUGCAGAAGUUGUUGCGCAGCUGGACAACGGCCGUGUAUACUGUGAAGCCUGCCGGACGAGACCUGUACAGGGUCACACUCCGAACUGCUGACGACUAUCGCCGGAUCACUCAGGAGGCGUCUGAGCGUGGAAGUGCGUGCCCCCGUCCGCCCACUGAGAAGCCGACAUGUGCACUCUGUGGCGCUGCUCACGUGGCCAGCUAUCGUGGGUGUGAGGUGUGGAAGCGUGCCAUCGCUCGCCAACGAUGCCAAACACCAGCGCUGCGUCCGAAGAAACCAGCAACGAUACGGCCCGGCGUCUCUUUCGCGGCGGCAACGUCAGGGGCGCCCUCCGUCGUCCCGGCUGCGUCGGCUGCUCCUGCUCCUGCCGCGUCCGAUGCCGUGCCGAUACCUGAGGCUCCUGCGCCUCCACCACAGCUGCUAGUGGUGGACCCGGGUACUGCGUCUCCCGGGCCGUCGGCCAGACCGCGCCCCGCCAAUCGCCUGCGCGGGGGUCAGCGCCCCGUGGGUACCCAGCGCUCAGCACCGUCAGUCGAGCAGCCCCAGGUGGACUCUCCAAGCGAGUCAGUCACGCCUCCCCCUUCCAGCGACGGGGCCACGCCGGCUGCCUCCAACGCUGACCUGGCCAACCUCGUCGCGCAGCUCACUGCCUUGGUGACCAGUGCUACGAAAUUGAUUGAAGUCCUGUCGCAGCAACUCACUGCUGCCGACCGCUGUCAACACUCACCAGCUGCACCAUGGCCAGCGUUAGAGGGCUCACAGUCGUCGCGUGGAAUGCCAACAGCGUCCGCACUCAAGCUGUGGAAGGACCAUGAAGUGCCAGCAGAGAUCAGCCACCACCAUCCCCCACCAGAAUAA